UCCUCUUUGUCACAGCCAGACGAGCAUCUUUGGCGCGCAAACUAGAAAACAAUGAAUAUUUAUUUUCAACAUCUUUAAUGCUAUAGAAUGACACUUUCGUAGCCAUUUCUGCAUCCCACAGCUGUUGGGGUUGCCUCAGCUGUCAGUGCCUAAUGUGAUUUUAAAUGAUGGAGUAGAAAUACGUCACCAAGUCGCAGCCAAACUUUUUCAUUAGCGUCAUAUCUUAUAUGUCGUCUGCCCAAUUUGUGCGCACGAACUGGAUAGCACAUAUUUAUACAUGAAAAUGGCUUUAGUUGUUUACUGUGAAGCAAGAAAGAUAAUGUUCAAUUGCCAAUCUCUGUGGCACUUUUUGUGUUUUGAUGAUACGCGCAGAUUUAGGCACAUUGUGUGGUAAAAACUCCCUGGAGGUAUAUAACUGUUAUCAAGAGCCGGGUUCGUCCAGAGCCAAGGUUCAUGACCCGCUUCAACACAUACAGCGGGAUCAUUGAAAAUGUUUAUUUUCCGCGUUCUCAUUGAAAAAUGUUUUUCAAACAUCAUAUUUACGACGAUCACUAAAUGUUCUCUUGAAGUGUUUACCGGAUGUCAAGUUUCUCCAUCUAAACCAACAUCGAUACGAUGCAUUUUGCGUUACGCGAUAUAGCCUAAAUGCACCUCAAAAAAAAUGCGCAAAUCGCACAGAUUAGAUCAAAGCCUCAGGUUUAAAUAAAUACUGAAACUCUGUCAUUAGUAAGAGCUGCAAACUAGGCCAAAUCUGCCAUAAAGAUCAAGCUAAAGAUACUCUAUAUAUAUCAAACGACAGAUCUCAUGGCAGGAUGAUGUUUCUUAGGGACGCCAGAGCGAUGUUUGCAAAACAUUUCCAGUUUAACUUUAUAGUUUUAUCGCUCACCUGUUUGACUGUGUUGUAUAUAAGAAAAAACAUACUCCGAAAAAUAACAUCUUGUAAACUCAAGAUAUGAGCUAUAAACAACAAGACAAGAAUUUCAAGGUGAUAUUUCGACUUUAUUUCAAAGUCCUUGUCGAACGAAAUAUCAUCUUGAAAUUCUUGUCUUGUUGUCUUUAGACUAUAAUAGCUCACAUCUUGAGUUCUACAAGCAAGAUGUCAUUUUUCGGAGUAUGUUUUUCUUGUAUUUUAUCAAAUUGUUUGCUGGUAAUGGUAUUUUGUUAUAUAUUGUCCCCAAGUUUUUGUGCUAUAUUCUUGAAGCUCAGUGAUUGUAUUUGCGUUUUCUGAAGCAGAUUUUUGAAUUAAUUCCAAUUCUUUCAACGGAUAAAAAGUGAGAGACAUAUCCCCACGUUCCUGGACGAUUACUUGCACGUCUAAUCAAAUUAAAAAACAGUUUGCGGCAGACGGCUAUAGAAGUCAAAAUAGCGGUGUGUUAGAGGUCUUCUUCUGUACUUUGUCGGGCUGAUAUAGUGUUAGUAGGAUGAUGGUAUGAAAUGACAUAAUCAUUCAUACUGUUUUACCGCGGUGUAUAUUUUUUACCGCACAUCCGUUUAUGGACCCAAAGCGUAAGAUUUCAUCCAAAAGUGGUGCAUGCGCUGCCGACCUACACUGUAAUAUAAACAAGGAGAACUGCCUCUUCUUAGGUCUAGAAUAUUUAUGUUUUUUAUGAUAAGUUACUGGAAGACUUUGCCAGCAUGCUGCUCUCUAGUUAUUUCGGAAGGCAACUAAACAGUCAAUUUUUCUGCAAGGUUUUUCUGAGACAUAAAUUGUUUGUCUGAAAAACAAAACAUACAGUAAUGUUUUUUAAAAUCAUCCAACCUAAUGUAACUGUAUGAGUCAUCAUUUGUAUUUCGCAAACAUGACGUUAUCAUUAUCCGUAAUGAUCAUAUUUUGCACAACAAACAAACAAUACCAAUGCCGACAAAGCUAUUAUGCAAAGUGUGACAAGCGGUAACCUGUCAUUUCAUUACUAAUAAUAACUGUUGCAUACGCAAAUGGCCGUAUUACUAAAAUGAUUCUUUCAAUAAAACCUAAAUAGUUUUAUUCUCCUUUUUAUUAAUUAAACCAAUGGAUAUAAAUUACAGGUUUUAUUGAUUUAAAGUAGUUUUAAUUGAGGAAAGGUAUCUCAAAGUAGGUACCACUAUUUUACGCGGAUUUACGAAAUCUGUUUGUUUUUUUAAUCUGAACAUUUCAUCAAAAAAACGAACCUAAACUAUAAUCAUAUAUCCAUGAUAACACGGCAGUGAUUUGAUCGUUUUUCAAGAUACAUGUCCACAGUCACUUACACUAUUGAUAAAAUAGCAUAUUGUGCGUGCAAAAUAGAAAUGGGUAUCUGCGCAAAUUGAAUUACGCAGCUUGGACCACGAACGAGAAAAUAAAUUGUCACGUGUGUAUCAACACGUCAUUUGGAAUCCCUUUAAAAGCACGAGUUCGAUACUGGGCGUGUGCUGUGCAAUUGUGUCCUUACAGUUUUUAUAAAACACUGCUGAAUUUGGAGAGAUUCGUAUAAGAAAAACUACGUGAAAAUGGCCGAAAUUCAAACUUACUUGUACGGAAAAAAGUUCCCGAACAGAAUCUUUGUUGGAGGUUUACCAAUAAAUACAAGCGCGUAUGAAUUGGCCGAUUUUUUUAAUGUUUUUGGCCAUGUGAUUGAGAGCAAAAUAAUCCUUGAUGAUUCGGGAUUAUCCAAAGGAUAUGGUUUCAUAACUUUUGAACAUAAAAGUACAGUGAAAAAAGUGGAGUCAAUGGGGAUAAUAUAUUUCAAAAAUAAAAAAAUCAACAUUGGUCCAGCAGUCAGAAAAGAGGCUUCUACUGUUCAGCCUGAAAUGGUUAUGUGGGCACAGUCAUCAUUACCAUCUGGUCAACAGACUCAGCAAUCAACACCAUACUUCAACCCAACUUACAUACAGCAACCCUUAGAUCCGUACAAUCAAGUAUAUACCAAUGAUGGUGUUUACUAUAUGAUGUAUCCUAACUACAACCCAGCUGUUCUAAACCAAAAUUAUAUGCAGCCAUACACUGUGUCAAGCUAUCAUGGGAACUGUAGUGUGUACAGUGAUGAAACAAGAAGUAAAAAAUACACAUACAAUGCCAAGAGGAAAAACAUUCCUCCAAGAUUCAUGAAGAAAUAAUUCACAUACCUGCGUCAGCUCUAAAUGUGCCUGCUUAUAUGAUCAAAUCUGACAGGAAAUCAUUUCUAGUUGGCAAUUUAGUAUGCUUGUACAGAUAAAGAUAAGCAAGAGUGCUCGUAUAAUUUUUGUCCUGUCAUAUGUAAUUAUGUACCUACCAAUGGACUGCUAUAUAUUGUCAAUCAAGGAAAUUAUAUUAUAGUUUAAUGACCCUUGAAUCAUAACAAGAUAUAGAACCUUUCUCUAUAUAUUUAUACAUAUUAUAAGUUAUACACUAUUAUACACUGUCUAUGUGCAAUUUUUUUGCAUUUCUAAUGUUUGUCAUAGUGUGACAAUAUACUAGUAAACACAUCAUGUUAAGAUAAAUAUUGUUUCAUUGGAGACAAAUCAGGGUACAUUAAUAUAUAUAUUUGGGUGUUUUAUAUUGAGGUUAUGUGAUGCACCACAUGCGGGAUUGCAUCAAACAAAAUAGCAAGAUUUAUUUCUUUAUAAUGUAAAUAAUUAGUACAGUUGUGCACAGUAUAGGAAAUUAUAACAGCUCGUCCACUCAGUUUACAAGUCUGUAUUUGCAUGCAUACAGCAUUGGACAUGUUAUGGACAACUUAUUUCUUAAGCUGUGGGCAAUCAAUAAAUCUAUAUCAUAUGUAGUGUUUUAUAAUGUGUUUUAGUAUAAUAGAUCAUAUAGGUCAUUAAUGUAUGUCAUG